ACCAAGACACCCAGGAAUAAAGCCAGAUAUUCCAUAGAAUGAAUGGGCUGCUUGACCUGCAAAUGGUCCUCUAUGAAGAAAAAUGCUAGCAUUCAAAUUUUGGUUAUUGAUUUGGCAGAGGACGGCUGGAUCAUUAUUAUUCAAGGAUAUGGCUGUGGGCUUCACCUGGGAGGAGUGGCAGUUACUAGACCCCUCUCAGAAGGACCUGUACAAGGAUGUGAUGUUGGAGAACUACAACAAUCUGGUAUCAGUAGGUAUCAAGGUACCAAACCAGAUUCAGUCUUCAAGUUGGAGCAAGGAGAAACACCAUGGAUAGCAGAGGGAGCAAUCUACAGUUGGACCAGUCCAGAAGAAAUACGGGCGAUCAACCAUAUGCAAUGGCACCCAGAAAACCGAAACAAGCUUAAAAGUUUGGAAAGAUCUCUGCAAAGUUUUGCGCUUGAAAUUAAUUUUGGUUUAAACAAAAAUCUUGUUCCUUUAACUCAAGAACACAAUAUGUUUGACUCACAUUAUGGAAGUUUGCAAUCUCAUUUAAAUUUUGUUAUCCAGAAUAGAAGAGAUGCAGGAAGGGAUUCCGAUGAGUUUAGUGGUUUUGAGAAAUCAUCUGUCCACGUGAAGCAUGAUAAAACUUUUCCUGGAAUUAAAUACCGAGGAUAUUUUAAACCCAGUAGCACUAAGUCACAGCUCAAUGACCAUCCAAAAACUUAUACAGAAGAGCAGCCACAUAAAUGCAGUGAAUGUGGGAAAGUCCUCUACAGAAAGUCACUGCUCUUGUACCAUCAGAGAAUUCAUACAGGAGAGAAACCCUGUGUAUGCGGUGAAUGUGGAAAAGCCUUCUUUUGGAAGAGCCUGUUCAAGAGACAUCAGUGGUCUCAUACUGGAGAGAAAGUCUAUGGAUGUAAUGAAUGUGGGAAAUCAUUUUCCGAGAAGGCAUACCUUGUUUUACUUCAGAGACUUUACACAGGAGUGAAGCCUUAUGAAUGCAGUGAAUGUGGAAGAACUUUUGCUUUUAAAUCAGCCCUGACCAAGCAUCAAAGAAUUCAUACAGGAGAGAGACCUUAUGAAUGUAGUGAGUGUGAAAAAGCCUUUAGAAGCAAGCCUGACCUCAUUCAACAUCAGCGAACUCAUUCCAGGGAGAGACUGUAUGGAUGUAGUGAACGUGGCAAAGAUUUUACCCACAUGUCAUUCCUCGUUAAACAUAAGGAAAUUCAUGCAAGAGAGAAAGUGAUAAAUUUACUGAAAGUGAGAAAAUCUUCCUUAGGGAGACAUAGCUCUUUAUACAUGUAUAAACUCAUACAGGAACAAAACCAUAUGAAUACAGUGCCUUUGGAAAUGCCUUCUUCAGGAACUCAGUCUUUAAACAUCUGUGAGCUCCAAGGAGGUAAAAAUGUGAUUGUGAAACAGCCUUUUCAGGAAGUCAGGACAGUACAUAACUGGGAACUUUCACAGGGAAUAUUAUGGAUUGAAUUAUGUCCCCCAGAAAUAGUGUUGUAAAUCCUAAACUCUAUACCUGUGGUUAUAAUCCCAUUUGGGAAUGGGUGAUCUUUAUUAUGUUAAUGAGAGAGGAUUAGUGUAGGGUGUGUCUUAAGUCAACCUCUUUUGAAAUAUAAAAGAAAUUAAACAGGCAGGGCUAAGCAGCAGAGAUGGGGGAAGAGAGAUGCCAAGCCACAUGAAGGUUGCCCAGGAGCAGAAGCUCAGAAGAGACAAGAACCUUUCUCCAGAGCUCACAGAGAAAGCCAUUCCCUAGAGCCAGCACCCUGAAUUCAGGCUUCUAGUCUCCUAAACUGUGAGAAAAUAAAUUUCUGUUUAUUAAAGCCAUCCACUUAUGGUAUUUCUGUUACAGCAGCACUAGAUAACUAAGAAUUUGAUACCGAGAGUGGGGCACUGCUCUAACAGAUACCUAAAAAGUGGAAGCAAUUUUGAGAUUGGUUAAUGGGUACAGGCUGAAGAGUUUUAUGGUGCCUAAUUUUUUUUAAUAGUAAAGGCCUAGAUUGUUUUGAAGAGACUGUUGGUAUGCCCAUAGCCCUCUAGAUUUCAUAGAGUUGGAUCUUGGCCAACUUAGUUCCGAUGUGUAGGGGUGCUGUUAAGGUGUGCCAGUGAGUAGUAAUCCACCCAAAGCUGAGGUGUUGGGGCUGCCAUACCCAUAGGACAGGAGAAUAGGGCCUGCUGGGGCUGAAGGGGUGGGGUCGCCACUCAGAUGGUGUAAAAACGGCUUGGGGGCGAUGUCUGACCUCUCUUUUCACAAGGGGGGAGGAGAAUUAAGAUCAACAGCUCAAGGCUGAUUCCUGUGAGGCGGAGGUCAGACAUGUCUCCUCUCUUCGCAGUCUUUACGCUCUCUCUUCCAGGGCACUCUACUUCUCUGCUAAGUUUGAUAAUUAAUUCCAAUGGCCACACAGAAGUCACAGACAGUACUCAUGAUUAUGGGGUUUAUUAGGGAAGUAAAACCAAACCUGUUGCUGUUGAGUCGAUUACAAUUCAUAGCAACCUAUAGGACAGAGUAGGACUGCCCCACAGGGUUUUGAAGGAGCAACUGGUAGAUUCAAACUGCCAGCCUUUUGGUUAGGAGCUGAGCUCUUAACCAUGGCAAAAUUCAGGCUCAGGAUAGUUCUUCCAUCAGGACAGCUUCUUUUUAGCUGUCUUCGCAGGCACAGCUUCCUCUGGCCCUAAGCCUCUGCCCUGCUCAGGGCAAGGUUACAAAGCUUUUUUAGCUUCUGCCAAUAAGUGCCCAGAGGCACUUUACUCUGCCAGCAGGCCUCUUGCCCAAAGGCACUCAGCUUUCUUGCUUCGUGGACCAGGAAGCCCACCACGUCGUCUCCUGCCAUCAUUUCUUGCCACCGCUUUUUGAGCUCUUUCUCUCUCUCUGUCACCUGUUCAGGAGUUUCUCAACGCAGGGAUCCUUGGUCCAGUGGACACACUGUCUGAUCCUGGCUGUUCUUCCUUGGUAGUGAUAGGAUCCUCUCUCUUCCACCUCUCGGAUGACUCACCUCAAGCCCAGCAGGAUGUCAAAACUGACCAGUCCCUUUGGCGGGCCACAAUUACCCUAUCUGCACAGUCCCACCCAGUCACAUGGGUGGAAGUUAGAAGACCAUGGCAAGAAAGGCCACACAAUAGGAGAAUGGAGCCAUCCAAAGCCAAGGGAGUAGAAUUGCCGUCCCACUGGGCCUGGAAGGCAAAGCUGAAGCCUAGGUCUGGGGCGGCCUCCACCUAGAAUCCAGAGACCACUGCCAACACCUAGAGUCUGGAGGGCAGUUCCGUUGCCCUGAUAGUCUCAAAGAACAGAGGAUUAUUUUCAAGCCUUGAGAGCUAAUGUAAAUCGGUCUGCUGGGUCUUAGUCUUGUUGGGUAUCCCUUAUCUUUUCUUUUGCUCCAGUUUCUCCUAUUUGUAAUGGAAUUGUCUACCUUAUACCUUUCUACCAUUAUACUUUGGAAGCAGAUGACUUGUAGUCUAUAUUUCACAGGUUCACAGGCGAAGAGGAAUGUUGUCCCAGGAUGGAAUUCACCUAAAGUCUCACUCAUAUCUGAUUUAGAUGAUUCAGAAGAUGAGAUUUUGAACAUGGAGCUGAUUUAAAACUUUUGGGAUCAUGUGAUGGGGUGAAUGUGUUUUGCACAUGGGCAGAACAUGAAUUUUGGGGGUCCAAAAGGUGGAAUGUUGUGGAUUGAAUUGUGUCCCCCAAAAAUAUGUGUUGUAAAUCCUAACCUCUGUGCCAGUGAUUAUAAUCCCAUUUAGUAACAGGUUGUCUUUGUUAACAUUAAUAAGACAAGAUUAGUGUAGGGUGUAUCUUAAGUCAGUCUCUUUUAAGAUAUAAAAAAUAUUUAACAAGGGAAAAAAGCAAAGAUGGGGGAGGAAAGAUGUCAAGCCACGUGAAGAUUGCCCAUAAGCAGAAGCUCAGAAGAGACAGGGACCUUCCAGAGCUUGCAGAGAGAAAAAGCCUUCCCCUAGAGCUGGCACCCUGAAUUUGGACUUCUGGUCUCCUAAACUGUGAGAAGAUAAAUUUCUGUUUGUUAAAGCCAUCUGCUUAUGGUUUUUAUGUUACGGCAGCACUAGGUAACUAAGACAUGGAGUAAACCUUGGAAAUGCAGUGAAUGUGACGAUACCUUCAGUAAAAAAUUAUGUCUUAUUUUCCUUAUUUAGGGAAGUGAUGGAAAUUCUAUCAUCAAUCUAACUUCUGUGUCACAUUUUAAUACGUUUAAAAUAUAGAAUAGGCUUUUUUAAUAAGUGAAACCUUUGUGAACAGUAGGAGUGUCAUUCUGUAAUGAAAAUCUGAAUAUAAUGAAUGCGGAAAUACAACUAUUUAGUUUUUUAUUGCUGCUAUAACAAAUUACCACACGUCUGGUCUCUCAGAACAACACAAUUUUAUUAUCUUACAGUUAUGGAGGUCAGAAGUCCAAAUUGAUUCUCACUGGGCUAAAAUCAAGUGUUGCCAGGGCUGUGCUUCUUUCUGCAGCCUCUAGGAUUGAAUCCUUGCGUUUUCUAGCUUGAAGAGGCUGCCCACAUUCCUUGACUAUUGGUUCCCUUCAGUGUUCAAAGGCAGCAAUAGCCAGUCAAGUCUUUCCAUCACUCUGACAUUGACUCUUCUGCCUCCCUCUUCCUCAUUUAAGGACUUUUGGGAUUACAUCAGAGCCCUGGUGACCCAGUGGUUAAGAGCUAUCUAUGGCUGCUAACGAAAAGGUUAGCAGUUGGAACCCACUGGCCUCACCAAGGGAGAAAGAUGCAGCAAGCUGCUUCCAUAAAGAUCACAGCCUUGGAAACCCUGGGGCAGUCUACUCUGUUUUAUAGGUUCACUGUAAAUCGAAAUCAGCUCCAUGGCAAUAGGUUUGGUUUGGGAUUACAUUGGGCCAACUGGGAUAAUCUAGGAUAAUUUCUCUAAUUUAAGAUCAGUUUAUUAGCAGUAAGCGUUCAACUGCUAACAGAAAGAUAGGCGGUUCGAAUCCACAAGCCGCUCCACAGGAGGAAGAUGUGGCAAUCUGCUUCCAUAAAUAUUACAGCCUUGGAAACCCUGUGGGGCAGUUCUACUUAGUCCAAUGGAGUUGCUAUGAGUUUGAAUAGAU